AUGUUAGAAAAUCAGCUUAUUAUGACUGGGCCUGACAUUAGUCAAAUGAACCAUAUGAAAGAGGUGGGGAUCAGCAUACCAAACAUAUUUGGGUCAUUAGCUAGCCAGUGUGGUGGGUACGAGAACAUUAAUUUUUCAAUUAAGGAUAUGCACAAUCAAGUUGCGAAGCAAAGAAGACAAUUACCUGAUGAUUUAACCUCUGUAAUGGCUUACCUGGAAACGCUAGCAGCAAGGGAUCAAAACUUGUUCUAUAGUGUUGAAAAGGGCAGAGAAGGAGUGUUUCGGCAAAUUUUUUUGUGUGAUGGCCGGUGUCAGUUGGAUUACGAUCUGUUCGGGGAUGUGCUAGCAUUUGACACCACAUAUAAGAAGAAUAGAUACAGAUUGCCGGUGGUAAUAUUCUCGAGAGUUAACCACCAUAAUCAAACCGUUGUAUUUGGUGCUGCGAUAGUUUCAAAUAAGAGGAAAAGCACCUAUGUGUGGUUACUAAAACAGCUUCUCAUAGCAAUGAAGGGAAAGAUACCGACUUUAGUAAUUACGGAUGGCCAUCAAUCGAUGGCUAUCGCUAUUCAGGAAGUGUUUCCGAAUGCACAUCAUAGGUUAUGUGCAUGGCACUUGAUGCGUAAUGCAACAAGCAAUAUUCACAAACCUCAGUUUACGAAAAUGUUUUCAAAGUUAAUGCUAGGUGAUUACGAAGUUGGUGUGUUCGAACAAAAGUGGGAGGAAAUGGUUGGAUUCUUUGGAGUGGAAGAUCAGGAAUGGAUAGUAGAUAUGUAUGGGAAAAGAAACAUGUGGGCUACCACUCAUAUCCGAGGAAAAUUCUUUGCUGGGUUUAGAACGAUUUCGAGGUGUGAAAGUCUACAUGCUGUCCUCAAAAGAUAUGUUAAAUCAUGCCAUAAUUUGACAGAAUUUGUUCAACACUUCCAGCGUUGUUUGAGCUACAUGCGGCACAGAGAGAAUUUGGCAGACUUUAAAUCAUCAACUGGACAACCUGUGAUGCAGACACACUUUUAA